AUGGCAUUUUAUGUAGCGUUGCUGGAGAAGGAAAAGAAAAAAGAAAAGCGAAGGGAAUGUCUCUUAAAAUCAGAAGUCUCUGUCUUCCGUUUAUUUCUAGCUGAAAGUUCAAUGAAAUUUGAAAUGGACAAGACUUGGAUGCGUUGCACCGAUAAAUUGAGCAAUGUGUAUUUAAAAGGAGUUGAUGAUUUUCUUCAAUUUGCUUUUGAGCAUACAGAACUAGAAGGUGAAAUUCCUUGUCCUUGUAAGAAAUGCAACAAUGUUUUCCAUAAGACUAGAGAUGACGUCAGGGAACAUUUAAUAAUUUUUGGAAUAGUCAAGGGGUACACUCGUUGGUUUUAUCAUGGAGAAUUUGCAUCUAAAGAGCAAAGAACUAACAAUGAUGAAUUAAGACAAGAGGAAGUACGAAAUGAGCAGGAUAAUGAUAUAUUUGAUAUGAUUUAUGAUGCUGCUGGCCCUAAUAUCAUGGAUUAUUCUGGUGGGGUUAAGCGUAAACAAGUUGAUACCUCAGAACCUGAUUUUGAAUUUUCUAAAUUGUUGGAUGAUGCUGCACAACAACUUUAUCCUGGAUGCGAGCAAUUCUCCAAGUUGUCACUGAUCGUGGAACUGUUCCAGAUUAAGUGUCUUUUUGGAUUGAGUGAUAAAGCAACUGAUAGCAUAAUGAAGCUAAUUAAACGAGCUCUUCCCUCUGGUGAAACUUUACCAGAAUCAUUCUAUGGAGCAAAGAAAUUGAUUCGAAAUUUAGGUCUUCGUUAUGAAAAAAUACAUGCUUGUGAAAAUGACUGCAUGUUAUUUUGGAAACAUAAUGCAAAAGCAGAAUCUUGCUUGGUUUGUGGUGAGUCUAGGUUGAAAUCAGUUGAAGGUCAAAAAACUAAUGGGGAAACGCCAGGAAAGAAUAAAAACAAAGUUCCUCGAAAAGUUUUACGCUAUUUCCCCUUAAAACCAAGAUUGCAAAGGUUAUUUAUGUCAUCAGAAAUAGCUUCAGAUAUGACAUGGCAUCAUAAUCAGCGUUUGAAAGAUGGGGUUCUUAGACAUCCAGCUGACUCCGAUGCGUGGAAACAUUUUGAUGCAUCUAAUCCGGGUUUUGCUAGAGAUCCUCGUAAUGUUAGACUUGGAUUAUCAUCUGACGGGAUAAAUCCUUUUG